AUCGGCUUGGUGACGAUCGCGACCAUGAAGAUGAUCUCCAGUAAUUAACACACGUAAAAAUUGAAAAUCAAAAGUGUGUUUAAUUUACCCUGCUUCCGAAAAAAUAAUCGAAACUCUUAUUUUAUUAGACUCGAUUUUAAAUAAAUUAAAAUGUUAUAGUGACCGUUUUAUUUCAUUUUUGACUUUUUGGUGUAAAUAAUUCUAGUCUUUUAAACAAGAUGCUGUCGGCAAUUUUAGUUACAGUAACAAGUUUCCUUUUGGAAUUUAGUUGUACAUCACCCGUGUAUAAUAUGCAACAUUCACUAAUGGUUGGUCACACAGGAAGCACAGGACGAAACAUUCGAAAUUUGCCCUGCGUGUCAAGAAAAAGUAAUGAACGAGGGGUAUGCAUGUUCGCAAUAGACUGUCUAAAAGCUAACGGGACCCAUUUAGGAACGUGCAUAGAUGGUUUUUACUUUGGUUCUUGUUGUCACAUUAGACCAGCCCACGAAGAUGGUAAUUCUAUCGAUACCGCCAUUAUUCCUGCCCGCGAACCACCUAGUCGAAUUUCAAGUACAACAAAGCACCCUACAACUAAAAUUGAAGGAAUUUUGUUUGACGGGAACAUAACCAUGACAAGAUCAACGAGCUCUUUGAUAGUGUCUUCGACCACUACGUCACCUAUAGUAACUUCACAAUCCAGUUUGAUGCCUAAUACGACAUCAGUGUUGACUACUACAACGUUAAAAGAAGAGAAUCUCACCAGAACAUCAGAAGAUAGUUACAAACUCUCAACAUUUCAAACAGUUGAGAAACACACAACGUCACUUUUAAACGUAACAGCCAAGCCAACGAAAACCACAGUGACAACAAUAAAACCACCGUCUUACACCACAAAACCGAGGCCGAAACCCUCAUCGACCCCGAAGCCGGCAUCAACUACGACCAAACCUUUCAAACUAACAAGACCAACGACACCUACAACCACACGAACAACGAAGCCUGUGAAAUUAAUUACUAAACCUAUAAUUACAAAGAAACCGAUUAUAGUUUCAUCGUCAACUAUCAAAUUAACUAAACCAUCCACUAGUGCAACGACAACUAAACCACCAGCAACCUCAACCAGUGCUAAAACACCAAGCGCCGUCACAACGACAGAAAAGGCUGUGAUACCGAUUCUUGUAAAGCUGAACACAACAUCCACGGUCGAACCCAACGAGGUUCCAGUCGUUGGAAACCCAGCUACCAACGAAAUUGAGCAGGUCAAGCCUCUACAACCACCUCCCACAGUCGAACAAACUACCAGCGCCACGCUAAUCACGUGGUCAACAAUUAGCGAAGAGACAACGAAACCCUCAAACAUAUCCCAGGGAUGGAAACCACUGACCACUCCAGAUGGAUGGGUACUCAUUCCCAGUUUAUCAACCCUAACACCUACAGCGAGCUCGGUUACAGUCAAUUACACACUGGAAAGUAGUACAAUGCCAGUACAAACCUCCACGUUAAGUUCAAGUUCUCAAAUGUCGUCAAUCGGAGAAAGCGCUAAUGUGACAAGUUCAAGUGCAAUUACCACGGAAACGCUUUCGACUACCUUGCCAUUGCUACCUGUCCAAGUCCCACAGACAACCGGUGGUGUAAAUAUGAGCGAUUUUACUGAUGUUUGUGGAAGACGAAUGUAUCCCGAAGCCAGAAUAGUUGGAGGUGAAAGAUCAACGUUUGGCAAGUGGCCCUGGCAGAUCUCUUUAAGACAAUGGAGAACAUCGACUUACUUACACAAAUGUGGUGCAGCUUUAUUGAACGAAAACUGGGCUAUAACGGCCGCCCACUGUGUUGACAACGUACCACCUAGCGAUCUACUUCUACGUUUGGGCGAGCACGAUCUUUCCACUGACAGCGAACCGUACAUACACCAAGAAAGAAGAGUGCAAAUAGUUGCCGCUCACCCACAAUUCGAUCCGCGCACCUUCGAGUACGACUUAGCCCUCCUUCGGUUUUACGAACCGGUCCAAUUCCAACCGAACAUUAUUCCGGUAUGCGUACCGAACACCGAUGAAAACUUCGUGGGCCGAACGGCGUACGUGACCGGCUGGGGGCGUCUCUACGAAGAUGGUCCGCUGCCCAGCGUUUUGCAGCAAGUCGCAGUACCGGUAAUCAAUAACACAGUUUGCGAGUCGAUGUACCGGUCGGCGGGGUACAUAGAGCACAUUCCCCACAUUUUCAUUUGUGCCGGCUGGCGAAAGGGAGGCUUCGACUCGUGCGAGGGUGAUUCGGGCGGUCCCAUGGUAAUACAACGGGAAGACAAGCGAUUUCUCCUAGCCGGUGUUAUCUCGUGGGGUAUCGGUUGUGCGGAACCCAACCAGCCUGGCGUUUACACGCGAAUAAGUGAAUUUAGAGACUGGAUCAACCAAAUCCUUCAAUUUUAACAGAGACAAUUGUUGCCACCCUAUAAUUUAUUUUAGGUAUUAAACCGUUGCGUUGUUUUCCUUGUGUGAUAUAUGUACGAGCAUAGCCGAAGAGAGUUUUCUUUACUAGUUGCAGUUUUUAGAUGAUUUUACAGCUCUUGAAAAGUUACUAAAAGUUAAACUGUUGGUGUGUGUGUAUGAAAGGUUAUUAAUCCAAAUAAUUUUAUUCCAGACCGGAAUCGCUUUUUGGAAUAUUAUUAUUUACGCAAUGAUUCCCUUAAUGGUAAUGAUUGUUAAUUGUUAUGCCGUGAGAAUUAGUUGAGUUUUAAAUUAUUUAAUAUAA